AUGGAUGACAGUAUGAUACAAAGGUUGAUGGAAACUGUCGAACUCAUAAACGCCAAUCUCGAUACAUCUCCUGCCUCCUGGCGGGACCAACUGCCAGCAAUCCGCAACACAACCGCCUCUUUCGAAAUAGUUGAUGCGGUUCCGGAUGAAGAACGCAGAAAAUGGCAGUUGCCGCUUAUCAGCGUCUUUCAGCGUGUGGCCUUUGCCGAUGCUGAUAAUGGUGCUGUUCAAGACUUAGGGGACUGGUGUCUGCGUCAGCUAGUGACCUUGCUGCAGAUAUAUCCAGAAAACGUUGACAUUCUAACUUUAAUUGGUCGAAACUGGUUGCUGCGAGCGCAAAAAGCUUUGUCAAGUAUUGCGCGGACAGAGAGAAAUUCUUUUAGCAGCGAUACAAGCAAUUUUAGACUCCUGAGCUCAACGACAAGGGGCUUGGUUGAAGCCGAACAGCGACUACACCAAGCAGUCUAUAUCGAAGCCCGGGGAUUGUUGUUACCAGCUACCGACUAUCUCCAGCGCGCAGUAUACGUAGCAACAGAACAGGGCGUCGUCACCGGCCAUCUUCUGUCUAUGGCUGCCGAGGCGUUUAUGAGUCUUGGAAACAUCACCUCGGUCAUGGCCAACGGUCGGUAUUUUCAGCAAGCAAUUGCUUAUCUACGAGCUGCAAGAGAGACCCCGAAUUACUUUCUAUCCCCCCAUCUGGAACAGUACCUGGAGGGAUACGGUCCUCUCUAUGACGAUGUGUGA